UCUGUCCGUCUCCUGCUGCGCAUCUGAAGGGCCACUCAGCACGGACCCAAGAUGACAUCAGUUGCCAAGGUAUAUUACAGUCAGACCACUCAGACAGAAAGCCGGCCCCUAAUGGGCCCAGGGAUACGACGGCGAAGAGUUCUGACAAAAGAUGGCCGCAGCAAUGUGAGAAUGGAGCACAUUGCUGACAAGCGCUUCCUCUACCUCAAGGAUCUGUGGACAACCUUCAUCGACAUGCAGUGGCGCUACAAGCUUCUGCUCUUCUCUGCGACUUUUGCAGGCACCUGGUUCCUCUUUGGCGUGGUGUGGUACCUGGUGGCUGUGGCCCACGGGGACCUGCUGGAGCUGGGCCCCCCAGCUAACCAUACCCCCUGUGUGGUACAGGUGCACACACUCACUGGGGCCUUCCUCUUCUCCCUUGAAUCCCAGACCACCAUUGGCUAUGGCUUCCGCUACAUCAGUGAGGAGUGCCCACUGGCCAUCGUACUUCUGAUUGCCCAGCUAGUGCUCACCACCAUCCUGGAAAUCUUCAUCACGGGUACCUUCCUGGCAAAGAUUGCUCGGCCCAAGAAGCGGGCCGAGACCAUCCGUUUCAGCCAGCAUGCGGUUGUAGCUGCCCACAAUGGGAAGCCUUGCCUUAUGAUUCGAGUUGCCAAUAUGCGUAAGAGCCUUCUCAUUGGCUGCCAGGUGACAGGCAAACUGCUUCAGACCCACCAGACCAAGGAGGGUGAGAACAUCCGGCUUAACCAGGUCAAUGUGACUUUUCAAGUAGACACGGCCUCUGACAGCCCCUUCCUCAUUCUACCCCUUACCUUCUACCAUGUGGUAGAUGAGACCAGUCCCUUAAAAGACCUCCCCCUUCGCAGUGGUGAGGGCGACUUCGAGCUGGUGCUGAUCCUAAGUGGGACAGUGGAAUCCACCAGUGCCACCUGCCAAGUGCGCACUUCCUACCUGCCCGAGGAGAUCCUUUGGGGCUAUGAGUUCACACCUGCCAUCUCGCUGUCAGCCAGUGGCAAAUAUAUAGCUGACUUCAGCCUUUUUGACCAAGUUGUGAAAGUGGCCCCUCCUAGUGGCCUACGUGACAGCACUGUGUGCUAUGGAGACCCUGAAAAGCUCAAGCUGGAGGAGUCAUUCAGAGAACAAGCUGAGAAGGAGGGCAGUGCCCUCAGUGUGCGUAUCAGCAACGUCUGAUACCUUGGUUUCCCACCUCCCUAUCCCUCUAGUCUCGCUUCCUUUUUGGCACUCUGGGUGAGGAUAUUACCCAGGCUUACUGAAGAGUUCCAGAAGCACCAUUCUCCACUCCCUCUCCUUUAACCCAGUGGCCUGUGGGUAGUCUUGGCCAACUGGAGUCCAAUUUUUCCUCCCAUUGUCCCCUUUCACCUCACCCACUUCCACUGUAUUAUUACCGCCCCCUCCACCCUCCUUAAGCCAGGAUGGAGGAAAGAGAGGGAAGAUUAGGCUGAAAGGCUUAGAGGCUUCUGGCAUGCUUGGAGGCUCACAUUAGAAGGACCAUGCAAUUGGAUGGACAGAUUCCCCCUGACCUACCACCACCACCAGAGAUUUUGGUCAUUUGAGGCUGGAGUCCCCUCCUUCUCUAACUUUUAUCUAACAAAUUCCCUAAGGCAAUACUACGAUGGUCCCCUAAGGUCUGUGUCCUCAGAAAUAUAGGAAUCUGGAAUCAAUUUAUAAUGGGGUCUCCACCAACCUGUUGAAAGAAGUCAUGAUUUUUCCUGGUGAAUUUUUGUUGGCAACUCCUGACUUAACCUAGGAUCUUGGUCACAACUGUUUCACUUUUUUUAGUUCCUAAAGUGGACCAUAAGGAUACCCAGUUAUUUCAUAGAUGCCUCUGCUCCCAGGAAAUUGGGAUGACCCAGGAAAUAGAAAACCUAUAGUCACAACCACCACACCUGCAUCCAUCCUGGAUUCUGAACUCUUCAGUGUGGAGUGACCACUGCGAAGCUAUUGUCCAAAUCCUUGAACCUGUCCUUCAGGUAGCCCUAAGAGGAUUGGUUUCUCUGUGUCCUAUGAAUGGGAUGCCCCUCACCAAUAUGCUCCCCUGAAAAAUGCCAGUGCCUAGACUCCAUGGUAGGUCUGGAAAUGGUGUUCCAAACUACACUGUCCUUGGCUUCUCUUCGUUCCAGCCCAACCCACUCUUCCCUUAACCCCAACACUUCAGAGGGAGGGAAAAUGCAAGAGCCUCCCUCUCUUAACACUGAUGUUUGACUAAAACUACACUCACAGAGCAGAGUUCCCAGGAAAGUUAAACCAACCAGACCAAGUAGGAUGAGUAAAUUAUCAGAUUUCCAGACUGUUGUAUAGAGCCUCUGGGAAUUGGGAUGCUUUGUUUAAGUCUGGACAGAAGCACAACUCUGGCCGGCAGUUACCCCUCCCAGUUCCCAUCUGCAAAGUGCCAACUAUUUCAUGAGGUAAUGCUGGGAAAGGAAAUGAUACCUCCUGGUUAAAUAACCACGGUCUCCCUCAGUCAUUCCUGAGACGUGUUAUAAAAUGAGCAUCAAUCUCAUUUUUACUUUCCUGUGCCACGAGGCCAGUUUCAGACAAGUUAAAAGGCAUAAUUUCAGAGAUCAGACUCAGGCCAUUCCUUGUUUCCUGCUGGGAACUGUGGCAGGGGUCAGGAAGGGCAUAAGGGCACCAGAACUUUUUCUAAUACCCCAAAUCCCAAGAGUGCUUCCUGGUCUCAUUUAGGUACAAAGGAACCCCACCCCCAAUCCCAAUGGUUUGGCAUAGAGUCCCUGUAUGAAUCAAGUGGCAGUUUAUUUAAGGUGGACUCAGCCAACUGUUACAAGCUACACACUUCUACAGAAUAUGUACAUACAUCUAUGUGCAGAGCCUUGCAGAGAAACUCAUAAAAUUUUGAGGUGGACUUAUGGUCACCAGUUACUACAGCUGCACAAGAUUCUCUUACAUUGAUCUCUUCUUGAACUCUAAUUAUAUCUUGAAAAUGAAGACCCUUUGUUCUCCAUUUACUGUAAACCCCCCGCACCCCCCUCUUCCCUCCCUUGUUCUUAAGAAAGAAAGAACCAGAAAAACUUGAAAGUCUAAACAGAAUAGAAGGCAAAGAGCCAGUUUCUGGGCUCUCAACUUUAUUCAAUGUUAGACUUACUGGCUUUCUUCCAAUGGGUAAGGGCAAUAAGUACUGCGUGUAUAUAUAUAUGUCUUCUUAUCCAUUAGCAAGUUAGCCUCCAUCCAGUUUCUCCUGCACACUGCUGCUUCCCUUCUGAGGGAAUCGCACUCUUCCCACCCCCUGAUGUCUAUUCUAAGCCCCCAGAUUCUCCUCUCAUUGGAUAACAAAAUGAGAAUAUUUUCUGACUUUUUGAUUCUCCUCUAUGAUCCCAGAUUUUGCUCUAAAUUGCACUUUAAAUCAUACUGUCCUUUUAGUACAACCUGCUUUAUUCUCCCAUAAGCCCCCCUCUUCUGCCCUCCAGAACAACACCCCCAUGGUCAACCCUAAAUGGUUCUUCAGACUAUAGCCCCCAUCUCUUCUGAGCUGAAAUCCUCUUUUAGGCUUUAGAAGCAGCCAGGUCUGGUGAGAAAUGAAGCCCUUAACCACACCAACCAUGGACUUGGCAUGUCAGGAGAGCACUAGGCACAGAUGUUAAGGGGGGAGAUUUCAGAAGAUGGGCAAAACAACUGAUGAUAGCAAAACAAAAGAUGAGAAAGUGCACUAUUGAGGAACUUAGUGAAACUGAUGAAACCCUUGAGUUUUACGUGAGCUAGCAAACAAGAGGCAGGUGGAGGCUCAGGAAAUUAGGAUAUGAUAUGUAUGAAAGGUUUAUCUAGAGAAACAGAUCAUAUAUAUAUAUGUAUAUAGAGAGAUGUAUAUAGAACCAAAUAUAUUGAAUGUACAGAAAGGAAAUGUUCAGAGAUUUUAGCACGGGGCAAAUAUCUUGCUCUGGUUUUGGGGUAGGGCUCCCCAGAUUUCCAAACUUAACAGUGAUGCUAGUUUUAAUAUGAAAGUGAUCUGAAGAAGGCUUUCAGGUGUGAUUAUGGCAGAGUGGCGCAAGAUUCUCUUCAGAAAUAAGAGGCAUCCACUGAGGCUUCUCAUAAAGCCUGUGUUGCUGAUAGGACCAGGGACACAGGAGGAAAAGGGGACACUCCAUCCAUAGAAAUCUAGGAGAAUCCCUACUUUUACUGUGUGCUCCUAUCCUCAGAAGUGUCCUGUCAUUGUGCACUUUUAAAAAUUUUAAAUAAAAGCAUCCUUCUGUUUCCCUCUCUUGAAGUACACAUGAAUUUCCUCUUUUUCCACAAGGGUGGGGCAAAUGCAGCUCCAGUCCCUGGAGGCCAUGGCUCUUCAACUUCGAAGCUGAACCCUUUGGUGUGUGGAGGCACUAAAGAGGAGCCUUGACCCUAGAAUCUAAAGGCCAGGAUGAAAGAGGUGUUGGGUCCAAGAUAUUCCAAAGGCAGAGGCUCGCCCUGUAUGUGGCUGCAAGAAGCCCAAAGAGAAUGCUGCCUGUGCUAGAGGUAUCCUGAGUCCCGGUCCUACAUUUGGGCACGGGGGCAGAGUGCUUUGGCUUUGAUGCUUCUGUAUGAAAAUGAGUGGGGUACCAGCUGCCCUAGGGGAUUGUGCAGUUACAUGAGAGGCUUCUGAGAUCCCUACUCUGUGCUUCACCUCAUUAUUCCCUCAAUCUCUGUCAGCUAAUAAGACCAUCCUGGGAUUUCCAUAAGGCCUUAGCAAAGAAAGGAAGACAGUUUUACUAGUGCUACAAGCCAGGGACACUGCCCCCUCCCAAGGCUGCUACCCUGGUCCUUUACCUGUGCUAUUUAACCUAAUUUAUUUGUAAAAUAACACACGAUGUUUGCGGUAAAGUUAGCAUGGGCCUCCAGGCUCAGUAAUGGCCAACUCUACUGAAGCAAAAGUAUCUAGGGAUAGUUUUCCCAGCCAUUGCAUCCAAGACUAAAGUAGGUCAAAUUUACCUAGAAAAGAGAUGUGUGAGAUUUUUUUGGUUUAUUUUUGUCUGUUCAGAACAAGCUACUAAAUAAAAUGGAUGAAUCUCUGUUCUUCACUCUAGCUUCUUUUGGAAAUCCAAACCAAUCUAUGAUUAAGGCCUGAACUCACAGGCCUACCUGGAAAGAAGACUGAAUUUGGCUGUGCUGGAAGAACUUAUGAUCAUGUGGCCACACCUGUUCCCUUCAUUGCUAGUAUCCAUUCCUGCUACACCUUUCCUAUACCUUCCUUCAUUAACUUUAGGGUCCUUUAGUAAACACCUUUCAAAUUCAGUUUUUAAAGGACAAGAUUUUUUUAAGACCCAGAAAUCUGAAAAUUGGCUCAGCUUAAUCUAGGAAAGUCAAGUAGCUUUGGAUCCUGGGCAUUGUCCCUUUGCCAGUGAUCACAUGCCCAAUUUCCCUUCCAUGUUACCAUAGAGACAUUCCUCAAGGCUCUAUAAGCCUAAUCAACUAAUUGUUGGGUAUUUCUUCCCCCACGUCUCAAAGGAAUGGAUUUCCCUCCUAUUCCUAUUUGUCACUAACCUGAAAAAGGCCUGGUUCAAUAUCUAGUCCUAAAUUCUCUCUGACAAGAGCAACAGAUACCAGUCACUGACUCUUGUUCCCCAGAAAUGGAAAGACCGAGGAGAAAAUUGGGACUCCUAUCAUCAUCAAUAAAAUACUUAUCUAUAUUUGGAAAACACUAGUUCACAGAUGAAUCAUACGACAUAUGUGAUAUAUAAGAUAUAUGAAAUACAGUCCCUUAAAGUUUAAGAAACUUACAAACUUGUGAGGAGGGCAAGCUAAAAUAGCAAGUAGCAUUCACUAAGGGCCAGAUAUACCAUUAACAACAUGUUCCAAAUAGUGAGAUCUCUGUGGAAAACAUUUCACAGGGACAGGUAUUAGGCAAGAGAUGGUAUCAACCUAACAGUUCUGGUUAGAACACAUUUAACAUAAGAUUCAAGAAAAAUCAGCAAAUACUGAGUUCCUGUUAGGUGGAAGGUACCAUUCAAGUAAUAAAUAAAGAAAAGACAUGAUACACACCAUAAAGGGAUGCACAAUCAUAUUAGAAUUUGCACCUGCUUCUAUGGAACGAUCCCUACUGCUUGCCAACCCCCAACCUUGGUAACUCUCACUAUGCCCAUCUUAGACCAAACCCAUUAAAAGCUAUCAUUACACCCUGUAUUCCUUUCAUAGUUCUUACCACAGCUGCAAUUUUAUAUUACUUGUAAAUUUAUUUGCCUGAUGUUUGUCUUGCUCAGACAUUAAAUGCCAUGUAACUGGGAUUCAUGUCAGUAUUUGAUCACCAUGAACCUAGUGACCAAGCCCAGCACUUAGCACAGCACCUGCCAUGUAUGAUGCUCAACAAAAGCAGCAAAAGAAGAAGAGGGAGGGAAGGAACUUGCCUAAAGUUCACACAACCAGUAUACCACAGAGUUAGUAUAUUUGUUAAACAACCAUAAAAGAUUUAUAUAUUUCAUAAGGCAUGGCAUAAUCAGCUACUAAAAAAAUGGAAAAGACAAUAAUACCACUGUUUGGGAGAGAGAUCAUUUCCACUUGUUAAGGUCUGAAGAGUUUACAGAGGAGUUGAGGUUGGAGUUUAGCAUUAAAGGACAAAUAGUAUUUAAAUAAAUGAAGAGAAAUACAAUUCCUUGUAGGUGGUACAGCAUGAGCAAAAGUACUGUAGGAAGAAAGCACAAGGCAUUUAAUGGGUAGUUAAUAAACCUAGAAUUAAGGGUUUUAUAGAUGAAUAAGUUGAAAAGGUAGGAUAAUGGAAGGAUUAAAUGUCAGGCUACAUAGUUUAUUAUUUAUUCAUAGGCAGCUGGGAGAUAUUGAAGAUUUUUGAGAAAGGAUGGAGUCUAAUUAAAGUACUGAUUAUGAAUAUCAAUCUGGCAGUAGAAUCUAGAGACAGGAGACACUAAACCAGUUAAGAGACUUGCAAAAGAUUGGGGGGAAAGGUAAUUGUCACAGAUCCUACGACAGUAUAGGUAUUCAAUCAUUACAUUGAGUUGUGGAAGGCCUGGACUAAGGAUGCUGAGCAUAAAAAUUAGAAAUAGAUUCAAAAGAAAUUACAAAGUAGGAAAUGUAAGCAAGAUCUAGCAAAAAAAAAAAA